AUGGCCAAGUCAUAUCAAGCCCCGAACAACUCAUGGAUGGACACUUGGAUUCCCGCCAUAUUUGGGUCUGCUCCGGGUCGACUGUUUGAAAUUCCUCCGAAGCGCAAACCACUUGAGCACGUUUAUGGGCUCAACACGGAUUCUAUCACAGAGUACACUUCGAUCAACUGCGAUGCCGGCGACGACAAGUCGGCACGAUUCAAGACCAGCAAUAAUAACCAGACCCAACCCGAACCAAGGAGAAUUAGUUGGCACAGCCAGACCAGCGAGACAAUGAUAAAACUGAAGGUCCCUCGAGACUCUAUCCCUUCGGCGUUUACUUGGAAGCCGCCUGGUGAGGUAGCCGUAACCAAGAACCAGAACCGCAAACACAUGGAUAAGCUAUCUGACCAUGACACGAACGACACCAUCCUGCUGACCCAGAUAUGGGAGAUACAGAACACACUCCAGUACACAAGAAAAACUGGAACACAGGUCACAAGGGAGAAGAAGAACUCCCACAAAGUGUCUCUGAACACUCGAAGGCUCGACAAACUCAGAGCUUGGAACGUAACCUUUGAGGGGAGGCAACGUCUGCGACGCAAAGCACGUUCGAAAACAGCAACAAGAUCUCUCGAGGAAUACCUCAAGAAAAUGGGCACUCCACUAAAAUACAACUCCGGCGAUACCGUUCAAAGCAAGGCUCAAUGGCCCGGUCGAAUAGCCAAGAUUUGGAAGCUGUUUAUCUAUUUUGUGGGAUUCGCGAUCAUUUUGGCGUCCUGUGUCGGUAUUUCUAUCGUAAUAUGUAAACCUUUAUUUCUCCAGGGUCACUCUCAGCGAGAUUCUGUCUUUUCCGAUGUCACUAAUUAUGGCGAAACUGCGUCCGAUGGUAAAGCUUGUCUGAACAACUCCCCGUGUCUGAACAACCCCCAAUAUCUGGACACACCUCAGCGUCUGCGGAAAACAAGGCUGGGGUUGGGCCCUGGUGGUGGAAACCAUUUCUGA